AUGUAUUGGAAACUGUUUGUGUCAUUACUUCCGCACCUGCUUAUUUGUAACACCUUGGCUAGACCUAUCAUUUACGAGGCUGUCGAGGACGAUGUCGCCGCUGUUGGCUCAUUUAUUCGCGAGAUACGUCAACCGGCGCCGUUAAAAGUCGCUGCGGAAGUAGAGGAUUUAAUGAGCGUUGGUAACGCACCGAAAUCACGAGACACUAAAAAAAGCGUAAAAAACGCAUCUGGCAAAUCAGACGAGGGUGGUUACUACAGAACCUACGGAAGCGAUGCGGACGGCGAGAAGGGUUACUUGAAGGAAAUCUACGGUAAAGGUGAUCAAGGCUACAAGACUCUUGACACCUUCCACAAACAAGACGGCGACAAAUACGAAUUUGAGACGCAAACCAGUUACGGCAAAGAUUCUGCUGACAAGAAAAGCGAGAAACAUCAAAAAGAGAAAAAAAAUCGUGACCACGAGGGCGCAGGUACUAUGGUCGAUACAGACUAUAUCGGCGGCGAGGGAGAUCACGGUGAAGGAAGCGAAUACUCGCAUUAUACUGGAAGCGACGGUGAAGAUCACUAUAGUGGCCACUACACGGAUAAAGAGCCGGAAUCUUCACAUUAUGGUCAUAGCGAAAAUUAUUCCUCUGGAGAUGGUGACGAGGGAUCUUAUGAGACACAUAGCUCUUAUAGCUCCGACGGAGAAGACGGAGAAGAUCAUUAG